CAGUACUCUGGAAUGCCCUCCCGGUAACAGUUCGAGAUGCCACCUCAGUAAAAGCAUUUAAGUCUCACCUUAAAACUCAUUUGUAUACUCUAGCCUUUAAAUAGACUCCCUCUUUAGACCAGUUGAUCUGCCGUUUCUUUUCUUUUUCUUCUAUGUCCCACUCUCCCUUGUGGAGGGGGUCCGGUCCGAUCCGGUGGCCAUGUACUGCUUGCCUGUGUAUGGGCUGGGGACAUCUCUGCGCUGCUGAUCCGCCUCCGCUUGGGAUGGUUUCCUGCUGGCUCCGCUGUGAACGGGACUCUCGCUGCUGUGUUGGAUCUGCUUUGGACUGGACUCUCGCGACUGUGUUGGAUCCAUUAUGGAUUGAACUUUCACAGAUUCAUGUUAGACCCGCUCGACAUCCAUUGCUUUCCUCCUCUCCAAGGUUCUCAUAGUCAUCAUUGUCACCGAUGUCCCACUGGGUGUGAGUUUUCCUUGCCCUUAUGUGGGCCUACCGAGGAUGUCGUAGUGGUUUGUGCAGCCCUUUGAGACACUAGUGAUUUAGGGCUAUAUAAGUAAACAUUGAUUGAUUGAUUGAUCUUCCUCCAAACCCAAGAUCUUGUCAAUUUUGUUUAGAGGCCAGUUAAUUAGGUCCAAUGUUUAGAUUUGGAGAGCAGUGCAGAAAGAGCCAACAAGAAAGUUAAGACAAGACAAAGAAGCAAGCAGGCUCUAGGAAUAGGAACUUAUUUUAUACGGUCUGAGCAAAACAAAACAAAAAAACAACUACUGUAGUAAACAAAGCUGCUGGGGCAGGGACAAAAGUCCAGGGGGCGUGGUGAGAAGGAGUUAAUUUGCGUCCAACAACUCCAGCUGUCAAAACAAAUCGUUUUUGUUGGCAUGAAGAUAGGUCUUCACAGCAAAAUUGUGACCAUAAACCAAAAUGAAGUGUUUUAAAUAAAGAACAAAUAUCAUAUGACUGACCCCUUUUAGAGGAACCAAUGGCACUGGAGUCGGCCCCUUCACCUCACUUAGCCCCCAUGCUCCUCUUGAUGAUGGGAAGGAGCAAGGCAGACAAAGACAUGCGCUCCCCAAACUCCCCCAAGUGAAUCAACAUUCUCGGCCUCAUCUCGCUGGCGAGCAGAGAGAAGAGCCAGCUGAAAGACAGACGAGCUCGGAGGGAGGAGGAUCUAUGGGCUGUCCUGUCCUGCAGAGAAAGGGGGCUGGCGGUGGGGAAAGAGUGCUUGGAAUUUGAGGAAACCCUGUGGAGAGUACAGCUUAGUAGACUCUCUCUGCAGACGACGUUCUCUGAGUUUCUUCUUCAAUAAGAGCAAGAUGGUGUCCUCCAAGCUCAAGUGGUUGAUAGUGGUCCAGCUCCUGCUCAGUGAACACGCUCUGUGCAUGACGCAGCCUUGGGGCCACGGUGAUUCCUUCCGUAGAAAUGGCGUGACAGCCACGCCGGGUCCUCAAAGGCUUUCAUCGGAUGCGGAAGAAAAGAGCCUCAAGUCCGCCAAGCGCAUUGUAUCCCUCCUAAAAGCAAAGCUUCAAGAGAAGAUUCCGGCUCUCCACUUUGACGGGAACGUCAGCUGUGGCGAGCUGCUCUCUGCCAGCGCCCUGGAUGACUCUUUGUCGUCCAUGUUCCCUCAGGAGCUACUGGGUCUUUCUUUGGUGCCAGUGCUGGUGGUGGCAGGCUGCCCACAGGAGGCCCACGGCCUGGUGAUCAAGCUCUAUGGCCAGCUGGGGGUGGACGACACUGACCAGCUCCUCCUGGAGGUGCAAGAUCUGAUCCAGAGGAGGUGGAAGUUGGAAUCGGAACAGUCCCCUCGGGAGAGCGGGCGCCACCUGGAGGCCGUGAUGUUUAACAUUCAGCAGCUGGCCACAGUGGAGCACGGCGUGGGACGAGACGAGAUGAGGUCAAGUUGUGAGGGUUGGACCCGAGUGAACGGAACCGAACUGCUUGGAGAAGUUGUCAACGUUGCCCCCGGUGGGCUGGAGGAGGCCAUGGAACUCUGCGAGAGACUGGCGGUUAGGUGCGCCGGUGUCCAAAGCAGUGGACUUCCUGGACGCUAUCAGGCGGUUUUCAAGAGAGGGAGUCGCAUUCUUCCCUCGCCAUCCGCCGAAUGUUGGAUCCAACGGUGCACCGCUCGCCUCAUGCGACGCAGCCUCCAGAGGGGAUGCGUCAACCAGAACGAGGAGCGCGUGUACGAGGUGAUGGAGUGGAUCCCUGCGGUCAGCACGCUCUACAACCUGGGCACGGCCGUGUAUUACGCCUCGGUCAACUGCUCCGAAACGGCCAAAGAAAGGGCUGUGCUCACCGCUGUGGACGUCGGCACGGACGUCCUCAUGGUCGCCACGGGCGGCACUGCCGGUGUGGCCGGUUACGCUCUCGGAGCCGGGGUCAAAACGGGGGUAAAAGCCGGGAUCAAGUACCUGCUUAAGUCCUUGAAGCGUGAAGAUGAUGUGAUGGUGAACCAGUCCGGGUGGCAGGAUGGCGUCUUCACGGUCCAGUAAACCCAUGUCGCCUUGACAUAUUUCAUCGAGUAUUUCAUUCAUAAUCAAAUGUAAAUCAAUAUACAAUCCUAGGAUGGGCGAUACUGCACAGUAUAGAUCAGGAAAUGCAGAGCCAGUAUCGCCGAUACACCGAUACUUUUUAAAUGACAUGUUUCAAGAUCAUCGACUGAUUUUGCGAAUGUGCUUUUCAUUUGUUGAGCAUGAUUGCAUACCGAAUAAAACACAGGACAAAAAUGUCCAUCAACAUA